CAGGAGUUCGAACGCAAUCUUCAAAAAGAGGCAGAAAACAUUGAGAGUCUGCUGUCUGCAAAAGGCCCAACAGAUAAGAGAUAUAUGCCUGCAGCACAGGGCUUUUUAAAGAGCGGGAUGGCAGUAAUGGCCAGCGAGAUAGAGUUUGUUGAUAACGUGUCAAAUGGAAUUAUGCAGUAUAUUAAUACGAUUAACAAUAGAGCUAAUGCGAAGCAGAGAAUGCGCGUAAAAGACACUAAGUGUCCAUUUGACCAGUAUAUACACCAGGAAAGAGAACAGCCAGUGCAGCAGGAAAGAGGACAGCCAUUGCAAAACAAACCACACACUGCACAUACGCCUUCUUCCCACCGAGGAUCUGUGCACAGCGAGAACCAGCACCCCUCCAGCAGCAGAUCCCACGCGAAUACUGGUGGAAGCAGGCGAGAGCAGGCUCCGCAGACCACAGAAGCACCUUCUGCAAGGAUAGAUCCUACGCCACCGCCUCGAACAUGGGAGCAAGACAUGAUGCAAUCCUUUGACAGCAAAGUAAUUAGCGCAAUUAACAAUAUGCCCGAUGCAGCUAGGGCCAAUGCUGCAGCCUGGCUAAGAAAAAGCCUUGCAGCAGGAGACAUACAGCUGUCGCACGCAGCAGAGCUAGAUGCGCAAAGUACUCUGCACCCAGCCAACAACUUUCUGCUGCAGCCAUCUGCACAGAGAAAAGUUGCAGACCGCAUACAUAGCAGCAGACAGAAAGAAAAAGACGCCUCUGCAGAGAUAGAAUCUCUCAAAGACACACUGCGCGCUCUAAAGGACGAAACAACCAAGCUAUCAUCUACAUAUUCUACAAUUGAGAGCCGCAUAUCCCAGGAAAGGAAUACUACUGCAGAGGCGCACACCCACAUUAGCUCCCUUCAGAAAGACGUGUCUGCUCUGAACAGAGACACCCAGGCGAUCCUCAAGCAGAUAGCACAGACUAAAACAGCUAUAGAGGAGUAUGAAGAGAAACAAAGCGUGCAUCUUGGCAGCAGAAGGAAUAUGCAAGCCAAAAUAGACGCUCUUCUUGAGGAAACUGGGUUUGGCGCAGGAAACACAGGUCUUCUGAAAGGCUCUCCAGAUGAAAAAGGCUGCGACUCAAAAAAAAGUAUAGAGCCGCUCAGAGCCAUGCUGGUGCAGGAGAAGGCAGCAGUCGAAGUGGCUGCAUCCCAGGCUAGCGAGGCACUGGAGCACAUCGGACAGAGCACGCGCAAGGUGGAUGCGCAUCUGAACCAGACAGUUGCUUUUGAAAGUGCGUGUCAGGUAAACAUGCUCUCAGAUGCAGGCGUGUCCUCGCUCUCCCUUGCACAGACUGUGCUUUCUUCUGUGUGCAAGAGCGUAGACCAGGCUUUGCACCCAAAUGCAUCUGCGUCUUCAAACGGCACAGCCCAGAGCAAGUGCUUUGAGUACUCUGAAGAAGCUGCGCGUCUUCACGAAGAUGCAGCAAAUCACUGCAGUUACUGGCCCUUGGUGCAGGAAGGAAUAUGUGAGCAGGUGUCCAUGGAAGAUCAGUAUGCACAGACACUGCAGGAUCUUAGCAGCGAAAUAAAGCAUAUUCUGGCAGAGAUUGAAGAGACAGGAAUAGCAAAUGAGGCAGACCUGGACAGCAAGGACAAGGCCAUACAAAAAAUAGUGUCUGAGACAGUUAAUAUACGCGCACAGCUGGAUGAAACCCUUACCCAGAUCAGAGAAGGACUGACAAGAACAAGCACAGCCAGUGGUGCCAGUAUUACUCCAAAUGGCCCUGAGCACAGCAAGAAAUACAAAACAGCCAGCCAGACACUUGACAUGAUCGGGGCCUCCGCUGCUUCCUUGGAAGAGGCAGAAAGCAGGGCGAUUGCGAGAAAUGUGCGUGCAGAGAAGGAUCUGCAGCAGUGUCUGCAGGACCAUGCAGGAGCAGAAGGAAGCGGUGCUUCAUCUGUCUUCAGCGAAUACCCCACUGAAGAACACACGACCACAGAAUAUCAGCCAGGCACAGUCGGCCAAAAAGAUGAAGAACAGAUAGACACCAGCACACCUGUCCCACAGCAGACAAUUACUGCAGAAGAAACUCCCACUCCACCGCCUCAGGAACCGUCUAUUCCUGGCACAGCAGCCACUUCUCUUGAUGACCUACCCGAAAACAAGACAGAGGCCUCGAAUAUGCCUGAAGUACACAACGAACCUUCUGAUUCGCGUGGAAAAGAGCCUGAAGCAAACACAAGCCCCUCUAAAGAGACUCUUAUAAGUGAAGGUCCCACUGUCUCUGAUAAUCCAGCGCAUAUAGAAAAAACACCUCCUAUAGAAGAACUGCCAGAGAUAAACAGCCCACGCACAGAAGCGCUUAUUUCUGAAGAGAAGUCUUCUAGCGAGACACCAGCCACCAGUAAGAGUUCUUUUGCCUCUAGUCUAGACACUCCCACUGAGACUAAUAUCACUCCUACAGAGACAACUAUUUCUAGCGAACCUGCCAUCACUUCUACAGAACACACCACCCCUACUGAGACUAAUAUUGUCUCUAGUGAUACAGAUAUUCCUAUUAAUACUAAUAUUGUCUCUACAGAACCUACCACCCCUACUGAGCCUAAUAUUUCUAUAGAGACAACUAUUUCCAGUGAAUCUGCCAUCAUUUCUACAGAUCCUACCACACUUACUGAGACAAAUAUUCCUACUGAGCCUAAUAUUGCUUCUACAGAUCCUACCAUACCCACAGAGACAAAUAUUCCUACUGAGACUAAUAUUGUCUUUACAGAAAAAACUAUCUCUAAUGAACCCACUACUCCUACUGAGACAACUAUUUCUAGUGAAUCUGUCAUUCAUACAGAGACUAAUAUUGAUUCUACAGAUUCUAUCCUACCCACAGAGACUAAUAUUCCUACUGAGCUGAAUAUUGUCUCUAGUGAACCUGCCAUCCUUACUGAGACAACUACUCCUACAGAAACAAUCAUCUCUAAUGAACCUACUACCCCCACAGAAACAACUAUUUCUAGUAAUCCUACUGCCCCUACUGAAACUAACAUCUCUACAGAGACAACCAUUCCUACUGAGCCUAAUAUUUCUGGUGAUUCUGCCCCACUCACAGAGACUAAUAUCACUCCUACUGAGCCUAAUAUUGCUUUUACAGAACCUACCACACCCACAGAGACAACUACUUCUAGUGAAACUAAUAUUGCCUUCAGUGAACCUGCUAUCACCUCUAGUGAUCCUACCACACCCACUGAGACAACUACUUCUAGUGAGACAACUACUCCUAGUGAACCUACUACUGCUGAACCUACCACUACUUUUGCAAAAACUCCCACUACUACUCCAUCCACUCCUGCAAAAGAUGUCUCUCCAUAUGUUAAUUCUACCGCACAGAACUCUUCAGAAGCAUCUGCUAUAGAGGAUCCUGCAUUGCAAAAGGCCAGAAAGCCCAAUCGCCGUAAGAAAAUCUUCAACAACCCGCUGAAAUUUAAAAAACUACCACAGAUAAAUAGGACUGCUAAUGAAGGAAACAUCUUCUAA